AUGUGGAGAGUCCGGAGAAGGGGCUACCUUGGGAUCUGGUCAUUCCCCUUGAUAAUCGCCGCCGUCUGUGCCCAGAGUGUCAAUGACCCCAGCAAUAUGUCGCUGGUUAAGGAGACGGUGGACAGGCUCCUGAAAGGCUAUGACAUUCGUCUGAGACCAGAUUUCGGAGGUCCCCCUGUGGCCGUGGGAAUGAACAUUGACAUUGCCAGUAUUGAUAUGGUUUCUGAAGUCAAUAUGGAUUAUACUUUGACAAUGUACUUUCAACAAGCCUGGAGAGAUAAGAGGCUGUCCUAUAAUGUAAUACCUUUAAACCUGACUCUGGACAACAGAGUGGCAGACCAGCUCUGGGUUCCUGACACCUACUUCCUGAACGAUAAGAAGUCAUUUGUGCAUGGAGUGACUGUCAAGAACCGCAUGAUCCGCCUGCAUCCAGAUGGCACGGUCCUUUAUGGCCUCAGAAUCACGACCACAGCGGCCUGCAUGAUGGACCUAAGGCGGUACCCACUGGAUGAACAAAACUGCACCUUGGAAAUAGAAAGCUAUGGAUACACAACUGAUGACAUUGAGUUUUACUGGCGUGGGGAUGAUAACGCAGUAACAGGAGUAACAAAGAUUGAACUUCCACAGUUCUCUAUAGUAGAUUACAAACUUAUCACCAAGAAAGUUGUUUUUUCCACAGGUUCCUAUCCCAGACUUUCCCUCAGCUUUAAACUUAAGAGAAACAUUGGCUAUUUUAUCCUGCAAACGUACAUGCCUUCCAUCCUGAUUACUAUCCUCUCCUGGGUCUCCUUCUGGAUUAAUUAUGAUGCUUCAGCUGCAAGAGUGGCACUAGGAAUCACAACUGUACUUACAAUGACCACAAUCAACACCCAUCUCCGGGAGACCCUCCCUAAAAUCCCUUAUGUGAAGGCCAUUGACAUGUACCUGAUGGGAUGCUUUGUCUUCGUUUUCAUGGCCCUUCUGGAAUAUGCUUUGGUCAACUACAUCUUUUUUGGGAGGGGACCACAACGGCAAAAGAAAGCAGCUGAGAAGGCUGCUAGUGCCAACAACGAGAAGAUGCGCCUGGAUGUCAACAAGAUUUUUUAUAAAGAUAUUAAACAAAAUGGGACCCAAUCUCGAUCCUUGUGGUACCCUACUGGAAACCUCUCCCCAACUAGACGGACUACCAAUUACGAUUUCUCUCUAUAUACGAUGGACCCCCAUGAGAACAUCUUACUGAGCACUCUAGAGAUAAAAAAUGAAAUGGCCACAUCUGAGGCUGUGAUGGGACUUGGAGACCCCAGAAGCACAAUGCUGGCCUAUGAUGCCUCCAGCAUCCAGUAUCGAAAAGCUGGCUUACCCAGGCAUAGCUUUGGCCGAAAUGCUCUGGAACGACACGUGGCACAAAAGAAAAGUCGUCUGCGGAGACGUGCCUCCCAACUGAAAAUCACCAUCCCCGACUUGACUGAUGUGAAUGCCAUAGAUCGGUGGUCCCGCAUAUUCUUCCCAGUGGUUUUUUCCUUCUUCAACAUUGUCUAUUGGCUUUAUUAUGUGAACUAA